AUGCUACCAGCUCGCACUCAUUCCUAUUCUCGGAAGUCUUCCAGACCGAGGAGACCGGUCUUGGGGUUGUGGAUCUACACCACCUACCUAUCAGUUUGCUUCCCGCGCUGGCCUACAUGGCUUACCCCUCUACUACCUGGCCCCUCUUGGCACCUCCUUCGCUGGCGGCCUGGAUGCCUCGACGACGUCGGUGUAGCGCCUUGCAAGCUUAACGUUGUCGCAGGUAACGAUCGGCACAUUCCUCUAUCUUCCUCCGACUUCUUCUCAUCCAUCAUGGCUCAGUUUGACCUCUAUUCUACCGGAUGUUGUCUCGCCGUCAUUCGGAGUAUACCUAAAAAGCAUAUUGCCUGGCCCAAGGAAGGACGCAGAGAUAAUUUAUCUUGCGUCCCGCUGCACACCAUCGACUCAACCUCGCUGAGUCUAUUCCGCAGGGAAAGCAUCCACAACAUUCUUCCCUCCCCCCAUCCGUAG